GCAUGCGUAAGGUGCGCACAGAGCGAAGGCACGAGACGUUGCAGAAACAGUUUGUCUCGCUUUCGUGGGCUGUUAUUCUAUCGAUUGGACCUUCUGACUCCUGUGGGCCUCCCUGUGAGGCCCGAAAAGGUUGCUUUCCACCCUGGAGGCGCCGUGGGUUGGUCCUUGGCUAGCAUCUCCUCCCCAGCGGUGAGCUGCGAGGCACCUGUCGUGUAAGAGGCUCUCCUGCGGACACUGGCUGGGGAGACCAACCUCAGCGUCCAGGUUGCCAGAAAAGUUCUACGUGCCAGUUAAAAGUGCAUUUCACAGUUACUGUGUAGUGCAAAUAUUGCGUAACAGAAAGUUUUCUGUUGCUUAUCUGAAAUCCAAGUUUAACUGGACAUGGAGUCGUCAUAUCUCCAGAAGCAUCUGGGGACAUGCCUAACUGAAGGUCUUGCAGAAGUGGCGAGAGUUCGCCCAGUGGAUCCGAUAGAAUAUUUAGCAUUGUGGAUUUACAAGUAUAAUGAAAAUACAACCUUGGAACAACUGCGACAGAAGGAGAUGGCAGAGCUGGAGCAUGAACGAGAGCUGGCUCUGCUGGAGCAGGAGAUCAUGGAGAGACUCAAGGCGGAGGAGCUCAUGUUUCAGCAGCAACAGAUGGAACUCCAGCUGGAGCUGGAAAUGCAAGAAAAGGAGAAGCAGAGAAUAGAAGAACUACAGAAAGCGCAGGAACAAUUAGAGAAGAUGAGAAUGGAAGUUAUUGCUAGGGGUGAAGACAGCCUGCACUCAGAAGAUGCACUACCAGACUCAGGCAAAACCCUGGCUGAAAUCAGUGAUCGCUAUGGAGCCCCUAAUCUGAGCAGAGUGGAAGAACUGGAUGAACCGAUGCUCUCCGAUGUUGCAUUAAACAUUGAUCAAGAUUUGUAGACUCGACCAUCCAAAGUGCAAUAAAAAUUGUUCUGGCUAAUUUCAAACUUCAA